AUGCUGCGCUACUCGGUACUGUCAAGCCAGACUCGGCUGCUGUCUGUGAGCAGACAGCGAACCGCGACGCAAUUGCUUGCAAGCAACCGCAUCACUACCGGCAAGAGGUAUUAUGCAGACCCCAAGAAUGUUCAGCCGACGAGCCCAACACCGGUCUCGCCCGAAUCGAAGUCGGUAAUCCCUCCUGAGACUGUUAAUUCGGUUACUACGACACCCACUACGCAGGUUCAAACUUCCCCUCCGUCGUCUAUACAACCCCCUCAACCGCCAGUAGAAAACCCUAGCACCGGUUCAGUUCCGCCACCUCCACCUAAGAGAAAAGGUCGUUUUAGACGAUUCCUCCUCUACCUCAUCCUUACAUCAGGUAUAGCUUAUGGUGGUGGUGUGUUUGCUGCGUUGAAGUCCGAUAAUUUCCACGACUUCUUCACGGAAUACGUUCCCUACGGUGAGGAAGCUGUUCUUUACUUCGAGGAACGCGACUUCUACCGUCGUUUCCCCAAUGCCACAAGACACAGCAACCGUCUCCCUCCCAUCCACAAGGAGGAAUCGCAAAGAGUCACUAUUCCCAGCAAGAGUGGAUUGUCUUGGAAGGUUGCAGAAGAAGAAAGCGACAGCGGCAGUUUGACUCAAAAGGGACCCCAUAACAGCGCUGUCAGCGCGUCCAAGGAUACUACUGGCGCCAAGGCUGUAACCAAAGCAAAGGAAGAGCGUGCUGAAAAGAAGGCUCCAGCUAAGAAAGAAGCCCCAGCCCCAGCACCACAAGAAGAGACCAGGACUCCAGCUAUCACUCCCCCAACCACCCUUGAGCUAGUCAAGGUUGAACAUGCCGACGAGCCAGUGGUCCAGGAAGUUGUUAGGAUAUUCAACGACAUAAUUACAGUUAUCAGUGCUGAUGAAGGUGCUGCUUCAAAAUACGCAGCCCCUAUCUCCCGAGUCCGCACUGAACUGGAAAGCAUCGGCGAAAAGAUUGUGUCUCUCCGCGCCGAGGCCCAAAAAGCUGCUAAGGAAGAAAUUGAAAAGGCACACGCACUUUUCGACGAAUCCGCCAAGAAGCUCAUGCAACAGAUCGAAACCGCUCGUGCUGCUGAAGCUGCCCAGUUCCGCGAAGAGUUCGAAGCUGAGAGGGAAAAGCUUUCACGUGCAUACCAGGAUAAGAUUCAGACCGAGCUUGCAAGAGCGCAGGAACUGGCUGAGCAACGCCUGAAGAAUGAGCUCGUCGAACAAGCAAUCGAGUUGAAUCGUAAAUACUUGAACGACGUGAAAGAGUUGGUUGAGCGGGAGCGUGAUGGUCGCCUCAGCAAGAUCAGCGAGUUGACUGCCAACGUUAACCAGCUUGAGAAACUCACCACAGACUGGAGUGAUGUCAUUGAAACCAACCUCAAGACACAACAACUCCAGGUCGCCGUUGACGCUGUCCGCUCAGUCCUUGAAAAUGCCGCAUCUGCCAAACCUUUCGUUCGCGAACUUGUCGCCGUGAAAGAGCUUGCUGCCGACGACCCAGUUGUUGCCGCGGCUAUUGCAUCCAUCAACCCCACUGCUUACCAGCGCGGUAUCCCUACGACUUCACAGAUCAUCGACCGAUUCCGUCGCGUGGCCGGCGAAGUGCGAAAGGCCAGUCUUCUUCCUGAAGAUGCGGGUAUUGCCAGCCAUGCUGCCAGUUUCGUUUUGAGCAAAGUCAUGUUCAAGCGCGAUGCUGUGACAGAUGGUAACGACGUUGAGAGCGUACUUGUAAGAACGGAGAACUUGUUGGAGGAAGGGAACCUUGAUGCGGCUGCUCGGGAAAUGAACACACUUCAGGGCUGGGCCAAGAUACUGAGCAAGGAUUGGCUUGCGGAUGUGCGACGAGUGCUUGAAGUGAAGCAAGCUUUAGAGGUGAUGGAGACCGAAGCUCGCCUGCAAUGUCUAAGAGUCGAGUCUUGA